AUGUUCCGAGGACCGCCCGCACAUGUCCCGCUCCCGCAGAGGUCCAUUAAUCGAGGCUAUCAGGUUGGUUUUCUCGACAAAAAUUGUGGAUUUUUUUUAGAGUUAUCAUAAAAAAAUAGGUCAGAAGACUCCUAGCUUUCAAUGCGAAAUGACAGAAUAAACAUUUAAACAAGAGCAUUUCUGAAAUAGCAUUAAAAAAAUAAAAUAGUUUUUUUGAAUUCAUUUAAAAUUUGUCCAAUUUCCAGCUUUUUGUGUCUCGGUUUUAUUUCUUGUACAGUUUAGAAGUAAUAUCUUCCUUUUUUUUUAACGAGAAAAAAAUAUUUUUUUGCAAGAAAUUUGAAGUUUGCGCGUGAAAUUUGAGCUGAUGGUGUAGGCAACGAGACGCAAAGUCACAUACGAGAAACUUUUUUUUCAAUUUUUAGGGAUUUUUUUAGUUUUUUUGUAUGAUUCUGUACUUAUUUAUUCAAUUUGAUAUCGAAUGGUGGAAAAUUUUUAGAGAUUCGACGUUUUUUUAAACUGUGGAACUUUAUUUUUUUUAGCGUUUUUUUCUUUGAUUAUGCAUUUCGACGGUGCCUUUCAAUAUUGAAACAAAAACUAGUCUCGUUUUUUUGAAUAUGCGUUUAUAUUCAGUUUAGUUUUUUUCUCAGUUUCAAUAACUUUAUUAUUUUUAGCCGCCACCUAAACCGAUAACUUUCAAUCCGCCAAGAAGUCAUCCAAGUUCAGCGCCGGCACGUCCGUUCAAUGGCAAAAUUCAACAGGAGUUCGUUUUUCAUUUGUUUUUUUCAUCUGUUGAUUAGAAUAAGAGUUCAAAAGUACAACCAUAAUCUAGAGAUGUCUUCAAAAGUAUUAUCUGGAACAGAAAACACUUUGUUUUUUCAGACCAUACAAGCCAAUUUCACCGUCAUUCGCUAGGCCAUCGAUCAAUAUUGAUCAUAGAUCUCGUCAUGUUCAGGUUACGAUUAAAUUAUAGCUGAUCCGCAGCUGACUUGAGCCAUCGAGAAAUGGGUCCUGACACGAUAAGAAAAGAGAUAGUGCCUGGUUGGUGGAGAGCCCAGACAGGCCACGCCCUCUUUGUGUCCCGAGCUGAAUCGGAUUGAUUAUAUGUGACUUUGAUAGCAAAGAAAUUUUUGCAUAGAAAGGAAGAUUUUUUGAAUUUUUAUACUGGAAAAAGUGAGCCUUUUCAUCAAACUAGUCACAACCCGCGUUCAAUAAAUCGCGUCAAAGUUCUAAAAAUUCAAAUUACCCUUCAUGUGCCUUUAAACUUCAAAAAAGUCGCUAUGCUCCUUUAAUAACGACGUUCAGACCCCUCAAAACUGGCAGCUGCAGCAGCUCCAUCAGCAGCACCCACAGCGUUUCCAACAACCCCAACUGACGCGCGACGCUUUCGCUCCAAGACCCGGCCAUUUCAGGCUGCCUACCGUAACCGCGCCGACUCGCACAGUUUUCCAGGUGAGACCCGAUUUUUUUCAAAGUUUUGAACGGGAAGGGUUUUGUCUCUGAGCACUGCACCAUUCUUUUCACAGUCUGUCUUUUUAAAGUUUCUUUUCCUAAAUCCACCAAAAUUGGGGUAACUUGCACGGGGGCCUAUUUAAACGAGUUUUUAGCCGCCGAGCACAGAUGUUCGACGCCUGAGGCCGCAGAUUCAAGUCAAUCCCGCUAAAUUUGAAGUAAAUUUGAUGGGGGAAUGAUUGAAUGAUUUUUGAGGUUCUGGCUUUUCUGAUUGGAUAGGAAAUCGGAGAAAUGGAAUAAAAUGAAAUUUUGGCCGGUUUUUUUCAAAAGUUUCCUGGGAAAAUUUUAAUGGCCUUUAUAGAGGCUCGCCAAGAACUACUUGGAGAGGACACUAAAGUGGUCACUAAACCCACCUCUGUUGUGGCCACUAUUUUCCGUUUUAGUGGCCACUUCAGUAGUUUUUCAUCCAGUAUUCCUUCCAGUGACUCUGAUAAUUUUGACAACCCCUUAAGUGGUCACUAGUUUGACCACCAUAGUGGCCACUGAAGCGUCAAAACCCUGUAGUGGCCCCUCAGUUUCCAAUGUGCUAUGUUCGAUAUAGCCACGGCUUGCUUGAGACACUAAGGGGCGUGGCCUGUCUGCUUUCUCCUCGAAUCAUGUACUUUUUCUUUUUUUUCAUCGUUUCGGGACCUUUUUUGAUCUAGCAGUGAACCAGCUAUGCAGAUAAUGUAGACAAAAUUCUUAGAAAAAAAUAUAGAGAUUCCAGCACUACCCCUCACUUUCGUUAACUCGAAGAAUCUGUAUUUUUAGGGACCAGUUGACCCGGUCAACAAUAUAAUCAUCCAUCUUUAUCUCAACGCCAAGGACAAGCAAUCUCAUACGGAACUUCGAGCCCCUCCCGUCCGUGGCGUUUUCGGAAUCGGGACUUCUCAUGGGUUCGUUUUGAAGGCGAAUUGGCGGGUCGUCCUGGGGCCGACCCGCGAAAUAUUGUCAAAAGAGCCUUCACCCAUUUCCCACAGUUUUACUACUGUUCACCAGUUUUGUUCGAAGAAAAUUCCCAUGAAAGAACACUUGAGAUAACUGCCACACGAAAUCUCAAAAUGCGAUGUGUUUUUCUCGAAAACUAGACAGUUCUGCAGGCCGAUACAUUCAGAAUCUUUAUUUAAUUCUUGAAUGAGUGUUCUGGCCGAUUUUCAAGGACUUCCCAAACUCAGAGUUUUAAUGAACUUGCGUUAGUGAAUGGCGCUCCAGAUCGCUUCAAAAAAGGGGCGUGGCCUGAUCUCGCAAAUCCCGCCCCCAGGCAGUGGCUCUUGGAAAUUUACUCUCCAUUUUUUGACGCUUUAUUUAAAUAUUUGUUCUCCUGCUUGAGACAUAUGUGAUUCUUCUUCUACAUAGAUUUUUUCGAACGGGAUCAAAAUUACUUAUGUAUUAUGAAUUUUCGCAUUGUCCUUUUUUUGAGAUUUAUUGAAAUUUCCAACAAAAAGGGAAUAAGAAAAAGAAUUCAAGCAUUUACCUGGAAAGUCUUUUCAUUAACCAUUCAGACAGUUAUACUCAUUUUUUGGAUUGAAAGUUAAGAAAAAUAAUUUUCAGAGGCCCUGGAACACAUACGGACCCGAUAAUAAUCACGAAAGACUUUGACCGAGACACUUUGGAGUUUGUUGAAUCGAAAAAGGCGGAUGUGAGUUUCAAGAGUGAAAGGCAAAGCUAUGAAAUUGAGAGAAAAAUGAAAAAUCCUCACAAGGGAACUUUUUUCCAACCUUUCAGGAACUUUCUGAAGACUGUCUUUUGAAACAUCAUGGGGGAAUGUCAGCUUAGAAAGAAAAACGGAGCUUGGAAAAUUUUAAGUGACCACUAUAGAGGCUCACCAAUGACUACUUGGAGAGGACACUAAAGUGGCCACUAUUUUCCGUUUUAGUGGCCACUUCAGUAGUUUUUCAUCCAGUAUUCCUUCCAGUAACUCUGAUAAUUUCAAAACAAACAUAUUGGACCAGUUAUGUUGAUCCAUUGACCUCUAAAGUGGCCACUAAAAUUUGUAGCGGUCUAAUAGUAGCCCUUAGACCACUAUAGUGGCCACUAGUUUUUAACCCCUUGAGUGGCCACUAAUUUGACUACUAUAGUGGCCACUAAAAUGUCAAAACCCUGGCUCAGAGACUCGUGAGGGCCUCAAGUGCCUUUUAUUUAUUUUUUUUCAGGCAAAUGUCAAUUUUUUUUUUCCUUCUUUUCUUUUGUACAUGUUAUUUUGUUCUGCCUGUAAAUAAAUAAUAUUAUAUAACCCUAUAGUGGCCACUAACAAGUUUCCCAGUACAGAGAAAGAUGUAGCAAAAAAAACUCUUCCUUUCUGACGGUACUGGAAUCUCCAGCUCCAUUUUUUUUUCGCUGAACUUUUCGGGUUCAGCAAAUGGUCGAGUCGGGACCAGCGAACAUUGUCGAAGUGAGGGCGAUGGUCAGUUCGCCGAAAACGAUGGAAAACAAGCUGAACAAGGCCGUCAAUACGGAGUUGAACAGGGCGAUUCCCGUCGUUCUCAAUAGGUUUUUUGGAUUUUUGAAUGUUUUCGAAGGCUUCAAGGGACACGUUUUAUAGUGAAAAUGGAUUUUAUCUAGAUAUUCAGUUGUUUAAAUUUCUCAAUUUCAUGUUCUACUUGAAAAAAAAUGUUUUUGAAAUGAGAUUCGUGAAAGUUUUAAUCGUUAUUAUUUGGGAGGUUAGCCUUGGUGAAAUGGCGAAGAGCCUCGUCUGUCAAGCUAAUGACCAAAGUUCCAAUCCCGAUCAGAGAGAAAGGAGUUUUGCCACGUUUUAUCAAUACAUAUUUUUAGUUUUAUAUCGCAUUUGAAAGAACUUGCGAGGAAAACAUUUUUCCUCAGAAUGAGAGGCGGCAGCACGACGGAUAUGGACGGAGAACUGAGAAAAGAGCUGGAAGAAGCUCUGGUCGAUGAGUUGGCCAAAAAUUUGGGCGAUACCAUCGAUAACACCGAAGUCACCGAGGAGGAUUUGAGCAAAUUGAUCGGUUUGUUUCGGGAAAAAAUUGGGUUUCUUCAAAAAAAUCAAGGCGGGUUUUAUGCUGUCUUCCCUUUUUCUCUUUUAAAAAGCACCCGUGGAGAGAAAUCAGUGAGCGAAAUUUUUUCUCGACAUCCUCUGAUCUCGGUAACGGAAACCGGACGCGCCUCGGAAGUUUCUGAGCGUCUCUAGGGAUCACUUAAGGGUGCUGAAGUCGCUAAAGAGGUCACCAGAAGCUCUCACAGACUUCUGGCUUGCGUCACCGAGAGCUUAGUAAUAGAAAAAUUGUUAAAAAUAUUAUAUCAAAAAUAAUUAAAUCAAUUUUGAAAUGAUAAUUACUUAAGUUGACCAGGAAAAAAACAAAAGAGAGGUCAAAUUUGGGCGAUUCUGAUCAAAAAUCAAGCUUUUUAGGAUCAUAGAAAAUCGAAAAAAAGCGCUUGAGAAUCAUAAUUUGAUUAUAUUGUCCAUGGAGCUAAUUUUGCGAUAAAUAAAGUCAUUUUUUUCCAUUUUUCGUCUUUAUAUCUGAGAAUAAAAUCAGUGGAAGAAUUGUUGAAAAGUUUCUAAGAGACCCAGAGAAAAAAGAUUUUUAAGUUCCGUUCCGAUUUCUGAAAGUAGAAGACUUAAACUCAAGUUUUCAAGAUUUUUUCCAUUAUUGAAAAACAAUUUUUCGCUUAUGGAAUCUUGAAGAUAAAUCUUACAUUUUUAUCAAAAGAAAAUUUGAUUAUUUUCAGAAGAAGGCUUCAAUGAAGUUAACGAACAGGAAACGACAACUACGAGGAGGUUUACGACGACUACAACGGCUAGAACUACUCAAAGGUGAACAUUUUGUAAUUAUUCAGAUGUUUGUGAAUAUUUUCUAUCAAUUUCUGAAAAAAAUUACAUAGUUUUUAGAUGUCAGUUUGCGGAUAAAGGUCCACUAAACGGAUUCUCUUUUUGUUUUUCUAAAAGGAAUUUCCCAAAACGAAAUUUAAAAGAAAAAUGCGACUUUUUUUAAAAUGGAAAUGAAGCUGAAAAAUUGUCUUAUGAGAAAAAGUUGAAUUUUGAAAAGGUUCAAUCGCUUUUAUCCGUAGAGCACAGAUGCCGCAAAGUUUUAGCCAUUUUUCUUAAGCUGUUGAGUAUUUAAAAGUCCUAAGAAUGCCUUAUCUAGUCUGUGUGCCACGACUUGAAAUUUCACCGAACGACAUUCCGAUGUUCCGCUGCGUGCGUUUGCGAAGCGUCUUUCGAAUCUAGGUCACGCUUUCAAUUGAUUUUUAUUGCUGUGGGAGCACAUGAAAGUAGAGUACCUUAAUAAAAGAAAAAAAAAUUAAAAGCGUGGGCAAGGUUCGCAAAGGCGUGCAGCGACACAGCGGAGUGUCGUUUGGGGAAAUUCCAAGUCGUGGUACACAGGCUAUAAAGUAAGGUAAAUUUUUCCCAAGUUAGUGGAAACCAGACUUUUUUUGACCAACCUGAAUCAAGCUCUGAGAUCAAGUAUUUUUAGACCCACCACAACCUCCACAACUCCAACAACUACAACAACUUCUACCACGACUCCAAGACCAACAACAACUACGAGAAGAACAACUACAACCUCUAGAACAACUACGACAACCGAACAGCCUCAAAAACCGGCUGAUUCUGAAGAAUAUAGUGAAGAAACGGCGGACAGCGAGGAGCCUUUCGAGAAUGUGGUGGGUCUCAAGUGGAAUUUUAAGAAGGAAAAAAUUAAUGAGGUGGCUUUGAAAGUGACAGCAGCAGAAGUCUGAACAGUUUGAAGAGGUAUCUAGUGGUGAAAAAUCGUUGGAAUUUUGAUAUAUUUUAUAAAAAAAGAUAAUUUUUUUCUAAAUUUUUCGCCGAAAAAUUAGUGGAAAAAAAUUUAAGGUAAGAAGUGGUUUUUCUAGAAUGGGAGUUGAAAAAAUGAUUGAAAAUAAGUUUGAGGAAGAAAAAAAAUGGUGAAAAAAGGAUAUUUCGACAGAAAAAUCCUCGAUUAUCCAUGGAGCGCGAUUGAUAGGCAAUGAUUUUAAUUGAGUUUUUUUGAGGUUUAUAAAUGAACUCAAAGUUUCUUUUGAUAUAAGACCGAACUGAAAUAAAAAAAUAUAGGAGAAAUCCAAUUUUUUUGGAUUAUCUGUGGGGCGCAAAAGCUUCAGAAGCGGGGCUUAUUUUUCAGAUAUUUAUAAAAUCAAGCCCUAUUGAUGAGAUUUCUAGUAGAAUAACUAGUAGUCAUUUUUCCUGAUUGUAUCAUUUUUAGAAGCCAUUUUCAGGCCCCUGAAUUUGAGCCAACCACUGAACAAACGCCGCCGCCACGGACUUGGCGAAUCACGACGACGACUCCGAAGAUAAUCAUCACUUCGGCGACGUCUAGAAUCGUCGCCACCACCACGACGACGUCAACCAGAAGGCCUACGACAACGUCGACAACGACUUCUGCGCCAGAAGUGACGCGGAAGACGACCAUGUGGCGGCCUUGGAUGACGUCAUCGACGUCGACGACGACGACACCCACGACGACGACCAGGAGAACGACUCCAGAAGCCGUCACGACCACCACAAAAGGUGAACUGAGGGAAAGAUUAGGUGGAGAUGCAGACAAAGUACCAGAUCGAACUUGAGUCGUAGUGAAAUGAUUAAGAUACUCAUUUAAAACUUAAGUUUGCCGGGUUUCAUCUCUAUUAGAAAGUAGAAAUGACGUCUUUUUUAUUUAAAUACAGAAAAAAGUUUCUCAUUGAGAGAAUUUGAUUCCAUAAGCAAAGUCGGAAUGGCUCCAUAGAAAUUUUCCUUUUUGCUGCCUUUUUGCGCCAUUUCAACGGUUAUUAUGCACCUAUUUUGCUGCCCCUUUUUUCCACAAUUUCUUGAGUCUUUAAAACCUCAGAAAAUGGAAGGCUCGAUAAAGAGAUCCUUUUUGAUGCCUUUUUGAGUUUUUUUUGUACCCUUUUUGCGGCCUUUUGACAGCCUUUUUGCAGCCUUUUUGCAGCCUUUCUGCGGCCUUUUUUGAGCCUUUCCCUUUCAGCUUAGGAACUUAGUCCGACCCUUUGAGUCAAUAAAUGCCUUGGUUGAAUGGUUUAGAGCCUUGUCAUUCGAAUUGAUGACCAAGGUUCGAAUCCUGAUCAGAGAGAAGAGGAUUUUUGCCAUUUUACGAAUUUUUCGAUAGGAUUUUUAAGCAAAUAAUGGAGGAAAAAAAUUCAAAGCCGAGAUUUUUAGUGUAUUUUUGUUGUAUUGAAGAUAGGGUCCUAUUCAUUUUCCCCUUUCUAUAGAAUUUGCAAAGUUCAUUUUAGCGUCCACGACACCCCCAACGACCCCCUACUACACUUCCGAACGGGCCACGACCAAAUAUGGAGAUAAUGGACAACAUAUUUUCAUUGUUCCCGGUUUCAAGCCGAAUAAGGUAUAUUUUCAAUGGGUUUUUAGUGGGAAAAAGGGUUGAGAAAAAAAGUGUAGAAUAUUUGCGCAAAAAAAUGGAUGAAAAACAUAGAUGUGAAGCUUUCAAAUCAUUCAACGCGUUUAAAAAAAUCAGUAGGUCUUCUUCGAUUUUUUUGAAAAAAAUGAGUUUGUGAUUUUCAUCUUACUUUUUAAUGGAAAAAUAACUAUUUUAGCUAAAAACUACAUUCAUGUUUCAGAAAAAAACCAUUUUUUUGAAAAAAAGAAAUCGAAACGUUAAUGUUGCUUAUCUCUUAUCCGCAGAAAUUAGAAUUAGAAAUUUUUUUCAACGAAAAAAAAUCUCGUACUGAAAUGAAAAAUAAAAAUAUUUCAAUAAAUUACUUGGGUUUUUGAAAAAUUUGCGAAAAAAGAAUAAAAAUCGCUCCGUGAAAUAUUUUUUACCUUCCAUAAUUGUAAGUUUUGAGAUUUAUAGUGUAAAAAUGGUGUUUGAAAUAAAGAUUUUCAAAAAAAAGUAAGGUAGAAAACGAAAAAAACAGCCACUGAAGGGGUUGAAAAAGUGGUCCCUAUAGAGGUAAAUUUAAGGGGUUCCUAUAGGGGUUUGGGGCCUGUUUCCUUAGCCCUUAAAGCUUAAGUGGCUCCUAUAGGGGUCACUUAACUUCAUUCAAAACGCUCAAUUAUUUAAUUUUUUGCAUGGAAACGCUUCUUCGCAUAGAGUACAUAAAAAUUAUCGACUUGAUUUCUCCCUAUAGGGACCACUUUUGCAAGCUUUGGAGGCCCCUAUAGAGGUUCGUAAAGUGGUCCCUAGAGGGUCCCUAAGAUUGCCCUAUAGGGACCACUCUGCAGUUCCUAAGUUCGUUUUUCAUUGGUUAAAAAUAAAAAUAACGAAAAUCCCUUAAAAACAUGAUGAAAAAUGAGAAAAGCAGACAUCUCCGUGCAAAUUUUAUGCUUGUCUGACGCUCUCUCCCUUUUCCGUACUCUCUCAUCGCUUCUCUGCUUGACUCAUCUCUCUUAUCACUGAUAAUGUAAUGUUCGCCAUGGGCAAAAUUUUUAGAAGUUUGAUUUUUCGGUCAAUUAUUUUAAGGUUAUGGAGAAGAAUUGAGAGGAGUUUGAUAGCUUGAUGGAUCGAGAAAAAAUUGGAGAAUCUGGGAAAUUUGUGGAAAAAAAUAUUUUCUUAAUUUUUGGGGGAAAAUUAAUAAUUCAUUUGUAAGUGUAGUAUGAUUAUAUUGAAAAAUUCGGGAAGAUAGUUUUCAAACGAUAUUUUCGAAAAAUAAAAGGGAAAAUUUAAUUUUUUGUGGGUUUCUAUUUAUUCUAUGAUUUAACCCUUUCUUGAUAUUUUCUGCCUGUCUGCGUCUCUCGGCUCCCUCACCGGCGAAGUCAGAGAAACAGGGAAAUAGCACGAAAACAUGAGAGAGUCGCCGAGAGACGAGGAGGGCGCAGAGAAAAAUAACAAUUCACGAAAAACGGAGUAUAAUGUCAUUUUCCAGCUUAAAAAUUGAAAAUCAUGCAUUUUUCGCAGAUUUCAGAAAUAAUUUCAACUUUUUUUGAGCUUCAAAAAAUAUUUUCAGACCGCUGUAACGACGAUUGACUUCAGUGAAGACUCCAAUCAACUUCCAUUUGAGGUUUUCAAUCAAAAAAUCAAGUAUUUUUAUGGUUAUUUCAUAGGGGACGAUAAUUUCGUCGGAUAAUGAAGAAUUUUCCACCGUCACGGCAACUCUUCCACAUAGAACUUCUACGGCAGGUAAGAUAGGAAUUUGUGCGAUGGAGCGCAGUUAGCAGAGUCUUUGGUGGUACAAAUGAAUGAAAAUUAAGAGGAUCAUCUAUUUUUGGACGUUUUCUGUUCAAAAAGGUAAAAAUUGGUUUCAAAGGUACUGAUUGGCUUGACAAAUGGGAUAAUAUCAAAAAUCAAUGAGGUAGAAACAAAUGAAUAAAUAUUUUUUCUCUUAAAAGGUGGAAAUUUGAUUUUAAAGGUACUGAUUGAUUUGAAAACUCCAGAGUAUCAAAAUUUAAAGGAUGAGGUACAAAAAGAAAAAAAAUCGCGUGAAUUUUCUCUUUUUUUGGAUUUUCUAUUGAAAACGGCGAGUUCUAGAAAGCGCAUUUCAAGUGUUGAUGAAUGGAAUAAAUCGGAAUUAAUGAUCGAUUUUUGAUUUUUUCGAAUCUUCAGCUUCUCGCCCUCAAAUCGUCACCACCACUACGGCCAGCAGCUUCGCAGCCGCCAAUAUGCCCCAAAGCCCGAUAGUUGAGGUCCCUGUUUCGAGUCUUUUUUAAAAAUAAAGAAAACUGAAUGAAAAUAGUUUUCGAAAGGUGUGUGUUCAAUUUUUAAUGAUGACGUCCUAAGCAGUGGUUUUUCUGAAUGGAUUGACGUCAUUAGGGAGAUUUCCAUGUUUAUGACAACAUUUGAGGGAAUUUGUUGCUCAUGUUAGAGUGAAAUGCCGUUGGUAUGGUAUUUUUUAUAACUUGUGACGUCAUUAUUAAGAAAUUUUCAGUAUAAUGACGUCAUAGUAAUCGAAAUAGCUUCUUCAAUCGAAUGACGUCAUCAAGAAAAAUUUUUGAUGACGUCAUUUGAUUGAAUUUAUAGCUCAUAGUAGAGUAUUGAAAUGAUUUUUCUAGGGUUCUAUACGAAAUUUAUGACGUCAUUAAAUAAUAAUUUAUUUUCAAUCGAAUGACGUCAUUAAUUUGUUUGAAGGAUGACGUCACUAGAGCAGCUUUUUUAAUUUAAUGACGUCAUUGAGGACAAUUUUUCCAGUUGAUGACGUCAUCAGAGCGUAUUUACAGUUUAUAAUAGAGUAAUAUGUUGUUUCUAAGAUGCUUUCUGGAACCUAUGACGUCAUUAAAAAAAGACUUUUAGCCCAAUGACGUCAUAAAAAUUUUUUUUUUAAAGGAUGACGUCACUAGAGUAGAUUUUUGAAUUAAAUGACGUCAUUUAAGCAUUUUUAUAGCUCAUAGUAGAGCAAUAUUCUUUUCUUGUAGUACUAUACGAGCCGAUCGACGUCAUCAAAUUUUUGGAAAAUGACGUCAUUUAGAAAAAUUCUUCAAAUUUAUGACGUCAUUAGAGCGGAUUCAAAGUAGAUUAAUAUGUAGUUUCAUGAUGCUUUUGAAAAAUUACAAAAGGGAGUUUCCCGUUUAAUGACGUCAACCAAUUCUCGAAUGAUGACGUCACUAGAGUAGCUUUUCCAAUUGAAUGACGUCAUUCAAGCGUAUUUAUAGUUCUCAUUAGAGUACGAUGCUCUUUCUAAGAAACUUAUGACGUCAUCAAAAAGAUUUUUCAGUCGAAUGACGUCACUCCCCGGCCACACAUUCCGACGCUCGAAGAGCUUUCUUUCAAAACGAAGAAACCCCUGAUUGAGGUUUUCAUUUCUUUUUGGAACUCAUUUUUCAUUUUCAGGAUCAUAGGAUCUAAUAUUCUUGAUAAAUUUGUGAAGAAAAUUUGAAAAUUCCAGGUCCAACCAGCCCGGAUUCCGCCUCACAUCGGCGUCGUCUCAUUGAGCUCCGAAGAAGAUGACGUCACGACUUCCAGGGGUUCGAAAAUCAAUAAUUCCCCUUUUUUUUGUACCUCCCAUCCCUUUAGUGACCACUCAGCCCUCAAAAACCACAGCGGCUCCCACCACGAAAACGACGACGACUGAGCCGAUUACGGUAGCUUUUUAUUUAACUUUUUGGAGUGUUUGAAUGGAUUGCUGUGUGCCAAUGCAUGUUUUGAACGGAUAUGAGAAAAAAGCCUCGGAAAAAAUAGCGCCGCGGAAUAUUAGCCGAAGAAUUUGAGUCAUUUGCGCUCCAUUGAGAAAUAGCAGUGAUUCUUAACUUCAAAAAAAAAAUCCUACGUAAAUCGCACCGAAACGAAAACAAAGAGGUUGAAAAAUUGAAUUGCUCUUCAUCUUUGUGGCUUGUGCGCUCCAUUGAGAAAAUAGACGAAUUUUCGCUUUUUCAAAACUUUUUUCUGUUCAAGGCUAUUGUUCUUGCGCUAUUUUUACCGAGGCUGUUUUUUCUCACAUCCAACACCCUUUGUAGAUCACCAUUCCACUUCCGGAAAGCGACGAAGAACGGACGACGUCAUCUGAAGUUGUCGUCGUGACGAAGCCGAAGCCGACCUCCUUCGGCGAGGCCAACAUGAUGCCCAAGGAGAAGAUGAAGACCUGGGAGACGUCUUCAGAAGAGCCUGGGGAAGAGAAGAAGCAGCAGAAGUGGCACGUCCUGGAGACAACGGUGACGUCAUCGACAUCGACGACGACCUCAAAACCGACCGUCGCCCACACGAUGGCCACGAUCGCCUUCACAAAAUCCACUGAGGAGUACACUGAGUCGGACGAGCUCCGCGAGCAGCUCCCCAACCUGCCGACGACCUCAAAAGAAGCCCCGCCCCACGUCACCGUGACGUCAUCCGAAUCGCGUGACAUCACUGCACCCACUAACCCAACGCCAUUGGUUCGAGUUGCCUUUCCAAAUUUUUGUUGAACGGAAAUGACGUCAUCGAAGAUUAAAAGUAAUAAAAUGACGUCACUGAAGCAGAUUUCAAUCAAAUAACGUCAUCAAAAAUUUCAGUCAAAUGAAGUCAUCAAUAAAUGACGUCAUUUGGCUUGUUUUUAACUUCUAUGACAAACUUCAAUCAAAUGACGUCAUUUGGCUUGUUUUUAACUUCUAUGACGUCAUAGUCUUUAUUUUUAGUUAAGACGAUUCGAAGCUCGAAAAAUAAAAAAAUAUGAAAAACUUUUGAAGGUUCCCUUGAUGAGGAUACUAAUUUUUAGCUUGGCUAAGCGUCACAAUGGAGGACAGUGAUGAUCAGAAAAGAGCUGGAGAUCAAAAAGGGGCGUGGCCAACCAAUUAGGGUCAUCUUUUAAGUAUCCGGUUUCAUUGGUAAAAUCGAUAUUCAAAUCUGAUUUAAUUCGAAAAAUUCGGAAACGUUGCUGCAACGAACAGUUCCAUGUUAUUGGUUGGCCACGCCCCUUUUUGAAUUGAUUUUUUUAACCUACUUUUUAUUUUCAUUCACCUUUUCCUGAGCUCAUGUCUAGGAGGAUAAAAUUAGCGAAAUAGUGUGCAAAAAAGGAGGUUCAGACAUUGGUAUAGGGAAACACCGCAUUUGGAAUGGCUACACCUAGGACAAGAUGAAAAAGCCAUUCCAAAUGCGGCCUGAAAGAGACGGAGAGAAAGCUUUUUUUUGAAAAUUCAUUAGUUCAAUUUUUUAUUUACAAACUUGAACGGAAAUUGAUACGUUUUGUAUUUUGCAAAUAGAGAAAUGUAGUGAAAUUCAAUAAAAAUAAAAGAUAUGAAACGUCUUUUUUGAGCCUAUUCAUUCAAAAUUUGAAGGUGAUAUUCAGAAUCUUGAAAAAUAUCCUAUUUCCUGAAUCAUGUGUACAAAUUGAACAUAAGACAUGACGAAUUUGCAGAAAUCGUCGAAAAAACCGGAAACUCAACAGGAGAUCCAACCCCUGCCUGACUCGAUCGUCGUUAAUAAUGGUUUUAAAAUUUCGAAAAAUCGAUAAUAAUUGUCCUUUUCAAGAGCCCUGCCCCACCCCCAACGAUCCUUCGGAUCGAAAUCGAACCGAUGUCCUAUUCCUUCUCGAUUCCUCGAACGCCUUCACCGAACAAAAGUUCUCCAGAGCCAUCGAUCUCAUCGUCGACACCGUCGAACAUUUCAAUAAUAUUGGCCCCAACGGGGUUCAGGUACGGUUUCUAGAAGGUUUGAAAAAAAGAAAAAUCGAGAAAAGCUCAAAAAUAAGGAACUGAGAAAUUUUGAGAAAGAAGACUGUCGAAAAAAUAUAGUCUGUUCAGAUUUUGUAUGUCAAGUCGUCGCUCAAGCUCCGCCCAUAAUGGUGCGAUGGACCAAUCAGAGAGCGAGCCAUCCACAGAGUGUUUUUGAAUGACGUCAUUGCACUUGACAUUUAAAAUCUGAACAGACUAUAAAUAUAGGGCCAAUUUUAGCAGCUUUUUCGUACUCUGAUUCUUGCUAAGGAACGCCAGAAUGGUCCCUGAAGGGAUGAGGCGAAAUAACAGCCUCUCAAGGGGUUAAGUUCAGAUGGUGCGGGUAGGGAAAAAAAGUGCCCUCUCGAGGGGUCCCUGUAAGGUUUUAGAGACUACUAAGAUGCUCAAGCUUAAGUGGUCCCCAUAGGGGUCUUUAGAAAAUGAGACCUUCAAAAAAAAUUUAUCGACUAUUCCCCUGUUGACAUUUUUCCAUUCAAAAAACGCAAAUUCAAUGAAUUUUUUCAUGGAAAUGACUUUUCCAAUGGAAUUCAUGAUAUUAAACUACUAGAAUGCUUUCAUUAAAGAGGCUCUAUCUAAAAACACUUAAGUGGUCACUUUUGGAAACUAUGGCUAAUGUAGAAUAGUUUACGGAGGAUAAGCUUCAAAGGCCCGUUAGCUUGCCCCUAUAGGGACCACUCUGGCGUUCCUGAGUAACUUUUGGGUUUUAUUGAGUUCAGGUUGAGCUUUAUAAAAUAAUGGCCGAAAAAUAAAGAAAAAAAGGGCAAAAAAUGAUAGAAAAAGAAUUUUUGAGAGACGAUUGAAAAAAGGAACCGAGAAGGAUUCUUGGAAGCUUUUUUUCAAAAAAAAAAACAGUAAAAAAAGAAAAGAUUCCAGGUCUCGUUGGUACAGUACAACGACGAACCGUACCUCGAAUUUUCGCUCCGAAAGCACGUCUGCAAGAAAUUCCUGAUCGACGACAUCAUUGAUACGGAGUACAUGGCUGGCGGCAGUCAAUUGGGAAAAGCCCUGUCGAAAGUCUCCCAGUUCGCUUUCACCAAGAAAAGGGUGGGUUUCGAAGGUCCCAGUGGAUUCAAGGCAGAAAAAGGCCGCCAAGUGCGCUCUAUUGAUAAUAGAACUAUCUGAAGUAAUUUAGUAUUUUCUGUAGCUAAAUUGUAAGAAAGGUCUUUUUAAUGAUAAUAUCAACUCUCCCAGUUUUUUACCAAAAAAGAGUAGGUUUCGGAGAGAUUAAAAGAUUUUUCGAGUGGUUUCAAGGCAGAAAAAGGCCUCAAAGUGCGCUCUAUUGAUAAUAGAACUAUCUGAGAUGGUAAUUUGAUAUUUUCUGUAGUAAAUUUGUUAGGCAGGUUUUUUAAAAGAUAGUUUCAAUUUUUUCUAAGUCUUCCAGGUCUCUUUUAUCGAAAAAGGGUAUAUUUGGAUAAAUUUUAAAAAGGUUUUUUUAAGGGAUUUAAGGUAGAAAAAUGCUUCCAAGUACGCUCUAUUGAUAAUAAAACUGACUGAGGUCGUAACUUGAUAUAUUUUUCUGUAGCUAAUUUAUAAAAAGAUCUCUUUUAAAUAAUAAUUUAAAUUUUUUUUCUAAGUCUUCCAGAUCUCUUUUAUCGAAAAAAAGAGAAGGUUUCGGAGAGACUAAAAGAUUUUUCUAGUGGUUUCAAGGCAGAAAAUGGGCUCAAAGUGCGCUCUAUCGAUAAAAGAACUAUCUGAGAUGGUAGUUUGAUAUUUUCUGUAGCAAAUUUGUUAGGCAGUUCUUUUUAAUGAUAAUUUCAACUCUGCCAGUUUUUUACCAAAAAAUAGUGAGUUUCGGAAAGAUUAAAAGAUUUUUCCAGUGGUUUCAAGGCAGAAAAAGGCCGCCAAGUGCGCUCUAUUGCUAAUAGAACUAUCUAAGGUCGUUACUUGAUAUCUAUCAAAACUAUUUUUAACGGCAAACUCCAGAAUUUUCUGAAACUUUGCUCGAAUAUUUCAUUCCCUAGCUACUUGGACCUAGGUAACGAUAACGUGCUCCGAAAGUUUGUGAGCGAUUCAAGAGAUCACUAAAGGGAGUACUAAAGACGCUACUAAAGUGGCCAAUAGGAAUGCCCAGACACGUCCGAUUCGCGUUGCCAAGGUACGAGUAGCAUUUUUUUAAAACUUUUAAAAUUUGAAUAUUUUUUGAAGGCUUCCACGUGUUGAAGUUUCUUCGAACUUAAAAAAACGGAGUUUUUCAUAUUUUAAUUUUAUUUCAAGUUUCAUUCUGUGAUUUUCUGAAUAUUUUCUCGAAUUCAACGGAAUUUAUUUGAGAGUCGGGAAGAGAGAAAUUUCGUAGAAAAAUCAGUUUUUCUUUCCUUUUUUGCUCUGUUGAAUCUAAAAAAAGCUUAUUUUUGAAGACGUCAAAUAAUUUUCAGGGCGAUCGACCAGACGCUGAGAAUAUUCUCAUCAUUGUGACUGAUGGCCAAACGGAUGACAGGGUUCAAGAACCUGUUCAGGUGAUUUUUCUUAAAAUAGACUUGAAAAUUUUGUCAAGCUCCCCACUCUAGCUGAUUCACGGCUGGCUUGAGCCAUCGAAAAAAUGGUCCUGACACGAUAAUGUACGAGAUAGCGCCUGGCUCGUGGAGAGCGCAGACGGGAUACGCCCUCUUACAGCGUCCCAAGCUAGCCUUGAACCAUCUAUAGUCCAUUCACCGCGACUUGAAAGUUUUCGAGUGUCUGCGUCUCUCUGUUCUCUCGCCGGUGGGGAAUAGGAAAAUAGCACGGCAAUAUGAGAGGGUCACCGAGAGACGAGGAGGGCACAGAGAAAUCGCCAGAAUAUAUCUUUUUUAAAUUAAAGUUCAGAAUGCACGAAGAUACCAGUAGUACAAAUUUUAAAUGUUCUCUCAGAUGAACAGCUGGAGAAACUGUAAAGUUAAAAAAAAAAAUAGUCCCUUUAUCGAGUCCUCCAUUUUUUUCUGGGAUUUUUAACUCUAACCGUCAAAAAAACUCUUCUAUUAUACUUCAGCAGAAAAAUCUUCUUUGAAAAAUUGUAUAAAUGUGUAAAUUUUUUUAAAUUUGCUAGGCUACAAGGCUAAGCUACACAGAUCCGUCAGAAAAGAUACGAAAAAACCCCCUUUUUUGAUCACGACUUUCUUGUAUGGAGUUUGGUCUUUCUGGAACCUUUUGGAGUUGUGGUGACUGAUGUUUUUAACACUCAGGUGGAAUUUCAACUCACAGAAGAAAAAUCCAGCGUUAUAGAGCUUCAAAAAGAUUCAGCCUUAUAAAAAUAAUUUGGGACUUUUUUUCGAAUCUUUUCUGAAUCAAAACUUCUCACAAGCUUCAAAAUUCUUCUCCAGGGUCCUAAAAAUUCAAAAACAUCUGGAAGUUUUCAUAAAUCUUCUCCAAAGCCUAAUUGAAUCCUUCAGGAACUGCAACUCUCCAAUUCUUACUAAAAACCUAUUUCGAAUUAAAAAUUUCCAGUGAAGGCUCUGAACCCUCAAGUGGUCCCUAUCAACUCAAGAAGUAGCUCAAAAAUCUUAAAGUUCGGUUUUUUCUCUUUCAAAACAUCGUUUCGACCUAAUUGUUAAUUUUCCAUCACUAAACCGCUGAAAAAAUGUCUCUCAAAGUUAUAUCAAACGUUUGAAACGUAUACAUUUCUAGUCAUUAUCAGAUCAAAGUGAAGUUUGAAACCUCCAAGUGAUCACUUGGAAAGUUCUUUCAAGUUGAUCAAGCUAGAUAUAUAUACCUUGUCAAAUUUUGCGAUAUAACUUUAAGAAAAUUUUUCAUCGUUGAUUGAUUGCAAAAUAACAAUUGAUUCGGAACGAUGUUUUGAAAGAGAAAAACCUAACUUUAAGAUUUUUGAGCUACUACUUGAGUUGAUAGUGACGACUUGAAAGUUUAGAGCCUCCCACUGGAAAUUCAUUCUUUGAAAUAGGUUUUUAGUGAGAAUUGUAAGGUUGCAAGUUCAGGAGAAGCUCAAAAUUCUCAAGUGACCUUUAGCCUUUCCGACUUGGUUAUAGGUCUAUUUUUAAGCGGGAAAGAUCGCUUCAAAAAAUACUUGUGAGAUUUUAUAGAGGAAAAUAGUAAUAAAACUAAAAUAGCCUCAAUUUUGAUCUAAAUUGAAAACUGAAUGGUAUUGAAACCUUCUGGCCGCAUGCAGAAUGGCUCGAAGCGUUGCGGUUGCGUUGCGGUCUGAGCUGUGAUUUCAAAAUUUGCACUGGCACUUUGAAAGUAAUCAGAGCUUUAAAAAAAAAAACAAACAAACGAAAAGACGUUACGGUUUAAGCCAUUCCCAGUGCGACCAAAGAAAGUUCCCUUUCACUGUAGCCCCUCUUGUUUCGAGUUCAGUAGCUAUAAGUUUGAAUUAUGACAAUUCAGACUGAAGCAAUUUUUCCAGCUAGCCAAGGGAUUCCCUGAAUGAUUUUUGCUUGUUUUGAUUUUUGUCAAUUCUCUCGAAACUUGAGAUAUAAUGCUAUCAAAGAAGCUUAUUUUACCUGAGAUUUUCCUGAAAAUUGGCCGGAGGAAUGAGGUCCUGAAAGUCUCACCCAAGUUUUUGAGAAAGGACACCAUUUCAGAAAACUCUCAUAACCCGUUGAAAUGAGCCGUUUUGAGGCUCUGGGCCCAAACUAGUUAUUUUUGCAGGUUGAGGCUUUUAGAAUCUUCUGGCCAAAUCUUCAACCUCAUAAAGCUCAUAAAAAAAGACAUCCCUUGUGAAAAGAUUUCAUUUGAACUUUUCCAGCUGGCCAAGGAGAACGGAGCGACGGUUCUGGUCAUCUCGACACUAAAAGCCGACAAGAACUACGUCUCCGAACUCGCCGCCCACCGCGCCGACAACCUUUUCGCCUUGGACGAUGAACCUCAUCAACAACUCGCCGAGAAGAUCGCCAGACGUAUUGCUCAUGUCAGCGGUGGUGGAGCUGGUCCAGCUCCAAGUGCAGAACCUGAAAAAAUCGCCACAACAACGGUGAUGCCUGGAAGAGCGGAUAAUAAGCUCGUCCAGGGUGAGUUUUGAGAGUUGAAACUUGCAAAAUGUAUCAAGUGGCCUCUUGAGGGUUUUAGCUUUUCCUUGACUUGAAUAACUUGAAAGAAGAUUUAUAGUGACAACUUGAGGGUUUUGCUAGGCUUUAUUUACAUUGGAGAAGUUUCGAAGUGAUCACUUAAGGGUUUUUAGAUUCUCCUGAGGUUCACGUACUUCAAAGAAGCUUUUAAGUGAUCGCUUGAGUUUUGACCUUUUCCUGAACUUGUUGAACUCCAAAGAGAGACAUGGUGACAACUUAUAAUUCUAGCUCGAUUGACUUGAAAGAACUUUCCAAGUGAUCACUUGGAGGUUUCAAACUUCACUUUGAUCUGAAAAUGACUAGAAUUAUAUACGUUCCAAACGUUUGAUAUAACUUUGAGAGACAUUUUUUCAUCGUUUCAGUGUAACGGUGUUUUGAAAGAGAAAAAACCUAACUUUAAGAUUUUGAGCUACUUUUUGUGUUGAUAGUGACCACUUGAGGGUUCAGAGUCUCCUACUGGAAAUAUUUAAUUCGAAAUAGGUUUUUAGUGAGAAUGGGGCAGUUGCAGAUAUUGAAGAGUUUGGUUUGGCUUCGGAGAAGAUUUAUGAAAACUUCCAGAUUUUUUUGAAUGUUUAGGAUUCUGGAGAAGGGUUGUGAAGUUUGUGAGAAAUUUUUGAUUUACAGUACCGUCAGAAAAGAUUCGAAAAAAAACUCAAAAAUUCCUCACAAGGCUCAGUCUUUUUGAAGCCAUAUAACGCUGGGUUUUUCUUCUGUGAAUCGAAGUUCCACCUGAGUGUUACAAAGGACAGUCAUUCCAACUCCAGAAGGUUUCAGGAAGAUCAAACUCCAUACAAGAAAGUUGAGAUAAGAAAAGGGGUUUUUAGUGUCUUUUCUGACGGUAUACUUUGUACCUUACCCUUGUAGCUUAGCAAAUUUGAAAAUUUACACAUUUAUGCAGCCUUCAAAUAAGAUUCUCGCUGAAUAAUGGUAUAAUAGAAGAUUUUUUUUGACGGUUCGAGAAACUGUCGUUGAUCACGAACGGUGCGUAGAACAUCUAGACCUUCUUGUGAUUGUAGCGGACGAUUUUCACUGCUUUUACAUGCCUUGUACCCCCAGCCCUGUAGCUCGGAUUAAUUCUUUUAUUCGUCUAGAAAAUCCACCAAGACCCGCUGCCGUCGAAUCCAAUGGAAUUGUUCAUCUACAGUGUGUUGCUGGUGGUUUCAAGGUUUUUUUUCCCCCCCUCAGCAUUUUUAAUGAUUCACAGAUCAACCUGACGCCCCCGGCAGGAUUCAAAGGAUUGGCGGCCGUGAAAGGCUACGCAGAUGUGCCCCAGUGCAAAACGGUCGGUUCUUGAAUGGUUUUUGGCGAAUUUUGAGAUGAGUUUUUUUGAUGUAUUUUCUAUAAGAAUUUAAGAAAAAUGGGAUAAUUUUGAGUCAUUUUUGAGUUUUUAUGAAAUCAUUGAACAUAGGCAAAGUCGAAAAGGGUGCAAAAAAGGGUUCAUAGAAAUUUUCCUUUUAAGGUGACGAAGGUUCCUUUUUUGCUGCCUUUUUGCGCCAUUUAAUCGGCUUUUAUGCACCAUUUUUGCAGCCUCCCCCUUUUUCCACCUAUUCUUGAGCCUCUAAAAUCCGAGAAAAAGGGGAAGGAUUCAUUUUGUUGCCUUUUUGCUGCCUUUUUUGCGGCCUUUUUUGCGGCCUUUUUGCUGCCUUUUUGAGGCUUUUUUGCGGCCAUUUUGCUGCCUUUCUGCGACCUUUCUGCUGCCUUUCUGCGGCCUUUUUGCUGCCUUUCUGUGACCUUUUUUUCGCCUUUUUGCUUCCUCUUUUUUCAUUUGAAAAUACAGGGUAAAAGAUCAUUCAAUUUCAGUGUGAAGUGUAAAGAAAAAAUUGAAUUAAAUCAAAAGAGUUUUUUUAAUUUUCCAGUAUGAAGGCUUACGUUUCAUUGGAAGGUUCUCUAAUUUUUUUCUCAAAAAUUAUUUUUUUCAGUUUUUUAAAAUUAUAAACAUAUCCUUUUCUAUCAUGUAGAGUCCAAAAAAAUGAUAACUAAACAUUUUUUUCAGACGGUUUCACAAAAUGGCAACACCAGCUUAUUCGUGGCGAAUGAGGAAUGUGGCGUGACUCAAGUCAAAUCGGUAAUAUUUUAAAAAAUUACCCUAAUUGAACACACCCCACCCCCUCUAAAAAAAUGGGUCUCGAAACGAAGAGCUGAAGAAAAGAAGUUGGAAUUCUCAAAACUAUGGGCUGAACUGACUGAAAUACGCCGAAAAACAGUCUUUGAAGGUUCUUAAAAGAUUUUAUUGACACACCGAAAAAAAUUUAGAACAUUAUUUGAUAAAAAAUAAAAAUUUGAAACAACGAAAAAAUUUAAGAAACAUUGAAACACUGAUAAAGCUGUCUUACUGUAAUUCCUAUCAUUAAAAAAAUGAUUUUUUUAUUAAGUUCCAGUUGAAUUUUGAACUGUUUUUAACCGAAUUCCCGAAGUUACUAGCCUUUCUAGGAAGCUUAGAAAUUUCAAAUUUUCAAGUUUUGCUCCCAAAUGACCUUAAUAAAACCCUAAACUGCCCAAAAAUGGGUCCCGAAACGAAGAGGUGAAGAAAAGAUGUUUUAAUAGGUAUAAGAAUGGAAUUUCUUCCCUUCCUGUGGUAGAAAUCAAUAAGGAGCAGCUGGACUUUUUCGAAUUUCCAUCAUUUUAUCACUGAUAAACUUGAAAACUCUUGUUUUACCUGGUGGAAAUCGAUACGAAGCAGCUCCUUUUUCGAAUUUCGAAAUUAAUUUUUUUCUCUAAGUUUCUAAGGUUUUGGGAUAGUUAAUAUCGUAGCAACCAGCGGAUUUUCUUCUCGGGACCUUUUUAUCAGGAAUUUUCCAUUUUGGCAUUUUAUUAAGAUUGUGAAAAAUUUGUAAUACUUGAUUUUUGCAUCAAUCAAUUCAGAACGAGACGAUCUAUUAGAGGAAUUGUAAGUUUUCAAUUUUUUAGAUCUUUCGAACUCGAAAUUUCAAAAAAAACUUCUUUGAAAGAUAUUUUGAAAUACCGUAGUAAUGGAGGUCUACAGGAGCAAUGUUGCUUUUUGCUUUUUUUUUUUUAUAAGGAAUGUCAUAUUUUUUUCUCGAAUUUUAUUAAGAUUAGGAAGAUUUCUUGGGGUUUUAUUUUUGUAUCAAUCGAUUCAGGAUGAGAAGGUCAAUAAAAGACAUUCAGAUUUUUUUGAUUUUUCUGAUUAUCAAACUUUAAAAUUUGAAAAGAAAGGAAAUUUUGAAAUACCGUAGUAAUGGAGGUGUACAAGGGCGAAGUCACUUUUUUUCAUUUUUUUAUUAUAAAUUUCAUAUUUUUUUCCACAUUUUAUUAAAGUUGCGAAGAAUUUUUCAAUACUUGAUUUUUGCAUUUAUCGAUUCGGAAAGAAGAGGUCUUCUAGGGAUUUUUAUAUAUUUUCUUUUUUUUAAUUUUUUUGAAUAUUUUAGGUUUUUCCUCUAAAAAAACGGAGAUGUAGAUUUCAGGCUUUUUAAUUUUUUUGUAAUUUUUUUCCUAAAGCUUCACAGUAUUUCAAUAGAAACGACUGACCUUCAACUUAAAGGUCAUAUUCCAUUUUUUUUUCUCAAAUUUUCGGUUGAUUUUCCUAAAGAUAGCUUACAAAUUUAUGCAUUUAUGGAAAUGAAAAUGAAUUCUUCCAUGAUUUUUCCGGAUUUUUAUGAUCCUCUGGAAUACUUUCACAUUUUGAGUAGAUAUUCCAAGACUUACCCGAGUUUUUGCUGUAUUUUCAAGGUGUCUCAGAACUAUUGAAAGUUCUACAUCGAGACCCAUUCAAAAAGGUUCGACUUCCUGUAAAGUUUGAAAAAUGAGCGUUAAGAAAAGCGAACUGUAAAAGAAUAACAGAAAAUGACGUCCGUAAAUUGAUUUAAUAUAUGUUUUACAGCUGGAUCCGCGAGGACUGAAUUCCUCAUUGGUUCUGCAUCUUCUGCACGACGAAAAGCUGGUGACUGGAGAGGACCGAGCCUACCUUCUCCAAUGCUUCAUCGGCCUUCCCGACGAGGCCGAACUUUCCACCAACUUGGAUAUUUCUCAAAGGUUUGGAUUUUUUUUUUUGAAUUAGGCUACAAACUUUCAGAAAUAUCCCUUCAAAGCAUCAUUUUCUCGUUUCACAUUUUUUUUUUCUUCACAAGCCUGAUUAAAAAGUUUUUUAUCAAUCUUCCAAGGAGUCAUAGUUCUUAACUACAUUGCUCGAUUUUUUUGUUUCAUACAUUCUAUAAAAAUUUUUUUAACGUAUCGACUUUUUUUUCCAUCCUUUAGUGAGCUCACAAUCGCCGAGACAAUCUCUCUGAGCUCGAUUCCACCGACAUGUUCCUACUCGAUCCGCGGAAACUCGCCCAACGGCCCCGUCGUCAAAGAAGCCGUCGUCGGACAGACUAUCUAUCAUCGAUGGGAUUGCGAUGGCAAUAAAGGUAGGUCAGAAAUAAAGUUAUGGAGCUUGACUGGUUGAAAUCGGUCAGAAAAACAAGCUCUAAACUUUCUAUGCGCGGCGGUUUUGUUAGUGGAAAAAAAUGCGGAACCAAGAAAAAAACGGUGGCCGGAGCCAAAAUAUCCACCACCGUUCCCACGUGACGUCAUUAUAACACGGCAUAUUAAAGGCGCAGACCGCCGUAUUGCCACAGGUCUUUGAGACGAAUCGAAAUUCCUCUAGAUAAACGCAAUUUUCUGCGCGAAAGCGGCGCAGUGUAUGCACACGACACACGACACUUUACGGAGUAAAAGUGGGCGUGUAUGGAGGGUCAUUAUUUGAAGAAAGAUUACUGAAAGUAUCCUGAAAAUUCAACUGUCCCAGAAACGAACAACGUCUACGGUAUCCAAAUCCACAGUUGCUAUGCGAGCGAUGAUGUCGAGCGCCGAUUUGCUUUCCUCGAUUCUCGAGGGUUUGUUCGCCCCAUCGCACUUUGAUUUUCUGAUUUAUCUCUAGCUGCUCUUCGGAUUUGGCCAUCCUUUCCGAUCCAACUUAUUCCGAUGACACCUUGUCGGCCUAUGCUGUCAGCCACGUUUUCAAUAUCGGAGUUUUUAGAAAAUUCCCUGACCUCAAGAAAUGUAUACUUUAAGGACGCAGAAUCACUCAAAUUCGUGUGCAAGUUGAGCCUCUGUACGCGUGAUGGAGAUGGUUGUGAAGGGGUUACGGUAGGUGAUUUUCAAGGGCUACUGUAUGGUUGACUUGUGCAGCCACCGUCUUGUGGCGCCAAUCAGACCGAUCUGCUGCUGACCAGGAGGUUGAUAAGGCAUCAGAACUCGGCCGUUGAAGGUGAGAAAAUUCGAGAAAAUCAGAGAUUUUUUUUUGAUAUUUCACUUCCGAAGAGGAGUUAGUAGUUCCAGAACCAGUUUUUAAAUGUUUUUAUAAUUCCAGAAGCCCUAACGUCGGCCCUCUCGACAAAAGUAGGCGUCGCGAAUCGUGACGACGGCGAUGGUCUUCUGGCCUCGAUGAUCGGAAACAAAGUUUUCUGGAUCAUCGCCGCCGCUGCCUUGGUUUCCACCGUUGCUAUUGGUUUGGGAUUUUCGAGUUUCUUGAAGAAAUUUGACCUGUUGGGUCAGAAAUGAGCGGUUUUUUCGGAGCUCAGUUCACUAUGAAAAUAUGAAAAAAAGAAACUUUCCGGAUAAUUUUAAACGAAUAACGCGUCCAUUUUGAACCAAAAUCACUUUAGACACGGCUUUAGUUCUCUAUAAACAUAUAAAAAAUACAUAGAUCCAAAAAGAUUUCUCCAAUUUCAAGUAAUUAUUUUCCACUCUUUAUUCUAUUCUUCAAUUACGAAGAAGUAUUCAAGGAUUGCAGGAUUUUUUUCUUUUCUAUAACGAAUAUUCAUGCGAAAAAAAGGACGUUUUAGUGGCCACUAUAGUGACUGAAAUUGAACGCCCUCUUUGAAAAACUAACUACUAGACCAAUAAAACGACUAUAGUGGUCACUGAGACGCAUGAUAGUGGCUUAUAUAGAGGUGCUUUAAGAGGCUACUUCAGGGUCCUCUCCGAGUAGUCCUUGGGGAAGCUCUUAAGUGACAACUCGGGGUUUUCCAUUUUUCUCUUAAGGGACCACUCGGGGUUUUCCAUAAAACCUUUGAAUUUUCAUGAUUUUUUUCGAAUCGUUGAAAAAAAAAGGUUUCCAGCGAUAAUGGCCAAGUACCCGGGAACCUCUGACGCUUCCUCAACAACCACUGGACCUUCUUCGAUUAGUGAUCUGCAGGUAUUUACAAAAUCUCGAAGUAUUUGAUUGUUUUUAUCCUAAUUAGUACCACAGAUACGUGUAUUAUAGGAAAAAGACCCAUUUUUCCUGAAAUAUUGGGCUUUUUUUCUAUUUUAUAGGUUUUUUUAUUCGGUUGUCACCUUGAGUUAGAACAUAUUUAAGAGCAUUUGAAAAUUUUUUAUUGGUUUUUAUUCAGUCGGGAAAUUAAUUGGAGCACUUUUUGAUCCACGAAAAAUGUUCAGUUAUAGCUGAUUCACGGCUGGCUUGAGCCAUCGAAAAAAUGGGUCCUGACACGAUAAUGCACGAAAUAACGCCAGGCUCGGAGAGAGUGCAGACAAGACACGCCCCCUUCGUGUCCUGAGCUGGCCAUGAGUCAGCUAUAACCUCGAUCUUGUUAAAAGUAGCAGAUUUUCCAUGAAAAUGACCUUGGUUUACCGAAAUAGUGGGCAAAAAUGAGAGAUUUUACAGUAAAUUGAGAAUUUUCCCUGCAAGACCUCUUUUAUCAAUAAAUAGUUCAAUUUUUCCAAUACAUAUCCUUUAAUAAACUUUUCAGAACCCAAAUCGACCACCAACGGUAAGAAAUUCAUUGUUAAAAGCUUUUUUUGAAUUUAUCGACUUAUAAAUAGAUUUAGUUCAAAAUAACCCUUUUUUUACUUAUUCCAACAUUUUUCUCUCAAAAAAUAACAUCGCUUUGAAACUAAUGUCCCCUGGAAAAAUAAUUGAUAGAUAAUCGAUUAUUUUUUUCUAAUAAUAGUUUUAAUAUAGUUAUCCAACCUAAUCAACCUGAUAAUUCUUCGGAAAAUGUCAUUUCCAAAACAAAAAAUGAUUUUUUCAGGAAAUAGCCUCGCUGAACUCGCUGGACGUGUCGGACGUGCAGAGAAAUGAAGGAUUUUCACAAUUUUUGACGACUUUUGAUCGUUCUCGUUAUGUUUGAAACCUCUUUUAUUACUUGUAUUUUUGUGCCGAAAAUUCAAAUUUUUUCACUUUUGGCGCCAUUUUUCCCCAUUUUCCAACUCCAAACUGGUCUCAUUUUGCCUACAUUUCGUCUUUCUUCCUGUCUCCUUGCCAUCAAUCUCACAAAUUUCUGUAUAUUUCGUCCUUCUUCGUGUUAUUUAUAAUAAUUUGUUCUGUGUUAAUUUUUUUUAAAAGUCGAUAUAAAUAUUUUCCUAAUAAGUUGUUUGAAAUGAUUUUUUGUCGGGUACGAUUGAUACUUUUUCAAAACAACUUUUCCAGAUUUGCAGGAAAUGUCAAAUGAUCAUCGGAUCAUGGAAUCUUUCUCAAAGACUUUUUAAGCUUUUAGUUUUCUUUUAAAUUUAAAAAUUAUGGCAAAAGGGUUCAUUACAUUCUGGAGCACGGUAUUCAAACGAAAAACUACACCGGACAUGACAUAAGGAGAUUAUUGAUUUCAUUAUCACAUCUGUACAGACUAUACAGCUUUCAGCUAGCUGUAAUAAAACGAAAAGAAAAAUAAAUAAAAUGACGCCUUUUUAGAAAAAAUAUUACUGUAUGCAGUGAUUCCGCAAAUUUGUAAUUCACACUCUGCAUGCAUGCGCGUUCGAAAUUACGAAAAAUAGUUUGUCUAAAAAAAUCUUUUUUUAUUUUCAAUUUCGGGAAAUUGCUGCAUUUAAUUUUUUUCAAGCCUGUUUUUUUACAAAAAAUUUAUGAUUCUUGACCUUAUGUGGAUUAAUUUGAGUUGUAACGCACGUGAGUGAUAUACAUUUCGAAACAGAUUUAAAAAAAGUAAAUAAUACAUUUUGAUGUUAUUAAUUUUUUUAAAAGAAAAAUGAGGUGCAGAGGUAAAAUCAGACUUCAACCAAUAAAAGAUCAUACGCCGAAAGUUUUGACCUCUACAGAACCCCGGCCAGUUUGCGGUCGCGCCAAAACAAUUGUCAUCAUUUUUGCCGUCGUCCCAUCGAUUUUUUCUAUUUUUGUACUACUUUUUCGUAUAUUUUGACGUGAUUUGUGUUUUUUAAAUGUUUCUCAACACUUAUUAUUGCCUGAAAUUCAAAUUUAGAAUAGAUUAUGAUCAAAAAAGUUAUUUUGAAAUGUAGAUUCACUAAACUGAUUUUUUAAUGAAAUAUCUCGGUCUAUUCGCGUUUUUUUUACAGGUGAUUUUUUAUUGUCAUUUUUUGUGGCGCUUGGAUAAUCGAAGAAUCUUGUGCUGUAUAUUUGAAAAAAAAUUGCUUUGAAGAUUUUGCGAGUGUCCGGGCAUUGAAUUUUACAAUUACUUGGGAUAUUUUGUCUAUUUUUCAUUUUCUAGAACUCAUGCACGGCGAAGUGACGGCGUCGGUCAUCUACACGCUUCUUCUUGACGUUGGCUUCUUUGUUCGGAUCGGAGUAUGGAACUUCGAAGACUCCAAGGAAACGCUUCAGGUGAUUUUGAAAAAAAUACGUAAACUUUUUCUAAUGAAUCGAAAGUCGUGCCUCUUUCAGAGCACUUACUUGGAAAACGUUUGAAUUCUUUGUUGAUUCUGGAUGAUCUCAAAAAACUUUCAGAUCGGUGGUAACGACGUUCUACUAGAAGAAGUACUAAGAGGAGGGAAGAUCCUUGUCGAGGACGUCGGGGAGAGAUGCUGCUUCGAACCGGAUGACCGAGUUCGUUCGCUUCGAAUCUUCUCCAGCAGAUGUUCAUCUCCAGCUUGACUCGAAGGGUGUGCCUCGUUCAGAGUGACUUCGUGGUUUCCACUCGGCAAACUUGUGAAAUAGCGAUAUUUUGCAAGGUUUUCCCGAGUUGAAAUCCCGGAGUCACUCCGAACGAGGCAUCACUUCGAGGCCAAACUUGCAGUUGCUCGAAAAAAAAAGAAAGUUUUCGGGGUGUACGAGCCCCUUUGCCACCAAAGAACAUAAAUUCUUGAAGAAGCGCGCCAGGAAACGGACGCCACCAGAUCGAUCGUUGGUGACGUCCACACCCGGCGCUGUACUCCAAGAGUCUCUGCAAGUUGGGAGGCAAAUGCUUGGCUGGGAUUCGAACCCGAGUCCCCAGAUCGAGGGACGAGUUGCCUCGCCACUCUACCAAGCCCGCACGCUCGUUCCAUUGUCCUCGGCGCCCCAUACCGCCGCUGGUCCAAGUGUCCGAGUGUCGGCUUGGGUCGAGAGGCGCCGUUCGACCCCCGACUGUAGUUUGACCCGCGGCGCCAAAACAUUGCGUCAUCCUUCCACAGCCUUCCAUGGCCUUCUAGAACUUCUUUUUGCGUCAUUCUUUGCAAUUUUAAUGCUUUUUACAUUGUUUAAUUCAAUUCAAAGCUUUUUAAAUGGUUGAAUGAGUGUAUAGUGCACUUCGAAGCUUCUUCCGUCUUUUAAUUUAUUAUUCAGUGUUAAAUAAUUAGAAUUGAUUGACUUUCAUGACUUUUUGCCAUCGAUUCAGAAGGAAAAAAGAUGGAGGAUUGCAUGUUGUACUACAUGAUAGUGUAUUAUAGUUAAAGCUUGACUUCGUAUGAGUCGUCAUGUAAUCUUGUAUUCUUUGAAAAAGCUUCUUUUUACUUUGUGUUUCUCAUCGCACUUUUUCUAAUUUUCAGAUACAUCUAGAAGGUACUGACGGCGUGGAGAAAGUCGAGCCAAUCCUGGAUUUGAAGAAGUCCAACAAAUAUUACCCUGAAAGGUUUCCAAUUAAAACGAAAGUUCAAAUUUGUUUAUUUUCAUGUUCCGCAGCUCUCCAAUCCGGCUCUUCGAAUGAGAAGAUGAGUUAUCAUUAUGAAAUUAUGAACUAAAUAAUUUUGAAAUCUAUAGAUCCGUCGGAGGGAAAGUAUGAUGGAUUGAAUGAUGAAUGGCAGGAGAGAAUCGGAUUGAACGGCAAUAAAACGGGAAAUCUCAAAGUCAAAGGCACUCAAACAACCUGA